AUGAUCGAAGUGCACCGCCAACUGAGACCAGAGGCACAUCGUGUCCACGUCCGAAAUCGCCUCCGCUACAGGUUCGACCUCAUCGGGGUCAAGAUGGAGGCGGCCGGCACCAUGAACCGGUUCCCCAUCAUCGUGAUCCGCGGCGCGUGCGACUAUGCCGACGAGCACAAGAACAAAGAAUGGCAGCCGUACGCGGCGGCCAUGGCAGCGGCGUAG